UGAGCAUCACUGCGCUCUUAGCAUGCAGGCUAAAUGAGCAAACCUGCUUAAUCGGCGUUUUUUUUACUCAUUUUUCACCACUUUUACGAUUUAUUUUCUUGUUAGUAUGAAAGCUUACAGUUGGCACAAAACGUCUUGAGUCUACAAAUUGUUUUUGAACGAUUAUUUCUUUUUUUUUUUGUAUGUUUUAGCGUGGACAUCACCUCUUGUUUGGAGGAAAUACAACUGGCUAGGGUGGCUGUUUGGAGAUCCAGAGGGGAUGGAUCCUCUGGGUGCUCGCUCCCAGUUUGUGGACAUCCAGACUCUCCCGACCUGGCAGCAGCAGCUGGGUGAGGACGGCGAGGAGGCGCCGCAGCUGGACCAGAGCGACAGUCUGCUCAGCCAGCAGAGCUUCCCCUCACCCUUCCCCUUCAGACCGGACAUCAACCGCAAGAUCAUCCUCUUCACCGGGGACGUCGCUCUGCUGAACUGCACCUCCAUCGUGAACACGAGCAACGAGAUGCUGAACGACAAGAACCCGGUGUCUGACAGCAUCCACCAGCACGCCGGGCCCGAGCUCCGAGAAGAGCUGCUCAGAUUCAAAGGAUGUCGAACAGGUGAGGCGAAGCUGACCAAAGGCUUCAACCUGGCGGCGAGGUUCAUCAUCCACACGGUGGGACCGAAAUACAAAUCAAAGUACAGAACGGCUGCAGAGAGCUCGCUCUACAGCUGCUACAGGAACAUCAUGCAGCUGGCCGCAGAGAAGUCGAUGUCGUCUGUUGGUAUCGGUGUGGUGAGCACGACCAAAAGAGGUUACCCACUGGAGGACGCUACACACAUCGCCUUCAGAACGGUGCGCAGGUUUCUGGAGAAUCAUGGAAACAGCCUGGAGGCGGUGGUGUUCGCUGUAUCAGAAACAGAAGAGCCGGUGUACAGGAAGUUACUUCCUCUGUACUACCCUCGCUCUGAAGACGAGGAGAAGGCCUCCCUGCCUCUCAUCCCAGCUGACAUCGGAAACUCUGAGGGUGAACCCGUCGUCCCCGAGAGACAGAUCCGCAUCGCAGAGAAGCCGGGAACCCUGGAAGACGAUUCUGAAGAGGAGAGUCUGGAGUCCGAUCUGGGUCAGGUGGGGACUCACGCCUUCGCCCGGAUGGAGGGUGACGUGGACAAACAGCGCAAACAGAUCCUGCAGGGCCAGAUGUCCGAGGCGGCGAUUCAGAAACAACACCAGAGAAAUUACAACCGCUGGCUGUGUCGGGCGAGAGCAGAAGAUCUGUCGGACAUCGCUGCACUGAAAGCUUUAUAUCAAACUGGUGUGGAUCUGUGCGGCAGGACAGUGAUGGUUAUUGUUGGACGAAACAUCCCGGUGACCCUUAUCGACAUCGAGAAGGCUCUGCUCUACUUCAUCCACGUGAUGGACCACAUCACAGUGAAGGAGUACGUCAUGGUUUACUUCCACACACUGACCGGGGAGCACAACCACCUGGACCCCCACUUCCUCAAGAACCUCUUCGACAUCGUUGAUACCAAGUUCAAAAAGAAUUUAAAGGCCUUCUACUAUGUACAUCCAACGUUUCGCUCUAAGGUCUCGACGUGGUUCUUCACCACCUUCAGCGUGUCUGGGAUAAAAGACAAGGUUCGCUACUUGGACAACCUGCAGCAGCUCUUCACCGCCAUCAAACCUGAGCAGAUCGACAUCCCUCCAUUCGUCCUGGAGUACGACGCACGGAUCAAUGGACCCCAGAAUCCCUCCCAGUCUUCAGGUCUGUGACAGGAGACCAUCAGACCUCCCUGCUGGGUUAGACGAGGGAGCUGUCAGUCGGGCCAAAUGGAAGCAGUUUAUGGACGUGGUGUUUCCAGUGUGGUCUGAACUCCUAACCUCCGCUUGAAGCUCUGAACCAUACUGAGGGAAACUCUCCUUUUGUUCUGCUUCUGCCAAAAGGACAAAAUUAACUGCCUCCGCCCACAUUUAGCAGCGUGAGGCCCGGCCAGCGGUCACUCUCUCUCACCACUGACGACUAUUUGUGGAUCUGGUUUGGUUUCUGGAUUAUGCCUUACACUGGGAGUUCUUAUUCUGCAGUUUCCUCAAAAAUCCUUAAAUAUGAAGCGUAAUGUCACGUCCGACAGUUUACUCAAAGCCUUUUCCAUCGUGUGGUCGUAUCAGACGUCCUCGCCCAUGUCUCAGAAUACUGUCACACUCUUCGUAUGCUGGAGGAAGGUGACGUCUGUCUGGAGUCCCGUCUCGUUCUGGACCGCACCACACAGGACGGCAUGAAGCACCGGGUGAAGUGAAGAGUAAUCCUGAGUUUUUUUACACGAGCUGGAAUUUCCCACCUCGUACUUCAUUAUAACAACCUCUGCUUUCGCAUGCACACACAUUUGGAAAACCCCCGAGACAAGAAUAAUUAAUGUUUAGAAAAAAACCCUGCUACUUGUGCAACGGCUAAUUACAUCUAAUUUGAGCUAGCUUGGUAUCAUACAACAUUAGAUUUUGAAAUCACACCAAACAAUCAAACAAUGUUUCAGUUAAAGGAAGAAUGUGCAACUUUUUAAAGCAGUAGAAGUCGCCCUUGAGCACCAGCAUGAAACCAAAACAAACUGCUGUUUAGGCCACACCUCCGCUCUCCUGCAGCGACACACCUCCGACUCCUCUCCACUCAUGUUCACAUGAAGGAGUUAUCAAUUAGAACACAUCAUAAUUAACCCGCGAUUGACAAAAUUGUCCUUUGCUCGAGCUGCAAUGGCCUGUGUCCUGCAUUGUUGUGUUAACAGACUAAUGUUAGCGCUCU